AAAAGUAAGAAGUAGAAGCACUGAGUUUUCCAAAUAAUCGUGAUGAAGAAAUUGAGAAAAUUACUGGAGUAAUCUGUUUACGUGUUAUCCGUCGGACUUUUGUAGAGGAUUAGUGUGACACCUCGACCUUUAUUAUCAAAAACGCUUUGAGAGUGGGACGAUAAGUCGCCGGACCGACGGCGGCACAUGUGAAGUGCUAACACGCUGAUAACAAGAUAUUAAGAUAAAGAUUUUCUUAGGAUAAAGAAGUUGUUGAAGAUCUAAAAAUAGGUGACCAAAUCAAGAUGAGAAUAAAGAUGCCAGCUGUACGCAUCGCGCAAGCGGAUGCGGACAGCGCGGCAGAAGGCGGUGGGUCGCCUACACCCGGUGUCCCCGCGGACACGCUUACCUGUGGAGCGUGCCGCAGAGCCUUCGCCCUGGCAGACAUCGUGCGGUUCAUACAGCACAAGGUCUCCUCCUGUGAUAAAGAUCUGACGUCCUACCACUGCUACAGUGCAGGUCCAAAUUCAGACCAAGAAGAUGGAUCUAGACCAGGUCACGUGGUAACUGGUAAUUCCAGUGGCCGAAGACCGUCACUGCUCACAGCUCGAAGGCCUCCCAGCAGCAGGGUGCACACACCCCCGUUGGUCAGCCCUUCGAUAGCCCCACCUGAUCUUCUUGAAGACGGUGGUGCUUCCAGUACACCAAAACGGCUAUUACAUGAAGCCGACCAUGGUGCGUCUACGCCUAAAAGAAGAGCAUCAACAUCGCCUAUGCCUUCAAGUUCCCCUGAUGAAGACAUCAAACCUAAGAUCAAACAAGAACACAUGGACACUACGGGUUCUCCUGAAGAUCAAAAGAAGUCUAGAACUGAAGUUGCUGACGCUGAAUCCAACACAAUGCAUAGUGAACCGAGUAAUUACGUCUGCUCGACGUGCAAGGCACGCGUGCAUUCCGCCUGGCGACUGGUUCAGCACGUGCAGCACGUUCAUGGUGUGAAGAUUUACGUAGAGAGCAUGCCACAGCAGAUGCCGAAUAAACAAAACCAUUCAUCAUCGAGCACCUCCUCAUCAAGCUCUGGUUGCUCGUCUACUGGUCCACCUCUGCCGCCUCCUUCAUUACGCCAUCACCCACUGUUACCCCCACCGGAUAUGCAUUCGCCGUUCGGAGUCGGUGGCCUACUGCGGAUGCCACUACCGGGUAGUUUACCACCACUUGCUCAUCCAUCGGUACCGCCAACGCCUCUAUUUGCACGACCGAACCAUCACGAUCAUAGAUUUCGAAUGGAACAGCUAGUUUCGGAACAGUUUCGUCAUCACGGGCUCAAUUUAGCUGCAGCAGCUGCUGCUGUUGCGGCAAAUUCUCUUCCCCCACAUCAAGCAUUUCCUUCCCCAGCGGAUAGACCACCCGUAGUUCCAACUUCUCUCACGGGUCGGGAAAGACAACCUCCCGUAUCUCAACCCCUUUCAUUAGAACCCCAGCUGGAUUUUUACUCGCAGCGCUUGCGGCAACUGGCCGGUACGACCAGUCCAGGGGCGGCCACAGGCAAUUCGAGCUCUCCUAGCCCCAGGAAGCAUUCGCCGCCGUUCGCUUCCCCGUCGCCCUCCCGAGUCGGACAGACUCCACCGGCGGGCGCCGGACCCGGAACGGUGGACACCCCUCGAGAAGCCACUAAGCCUCACAGUUCGAUAUCACCCGAACGACGUAGUGAACCUCAGACUGCUGAUGCACCACCUCCAGAACGGCCUUUGUCGACACCACCUGCCAAAAGAAAUAAUGAGGAAGCUCUCCAUACUUGCGAAUUCUGCGGAAAGAAAUUCCGAUUUGAAAAUAGUCUAAUAGUUCAUCGGCGUACUCACACCGGUGAAAAACCUUUCAAAUGCAACCAAUGUGAUGAAGCAUUUGAUAAGAAUUCGAAGUUAAAAAAGCAUUUGAAAAUGCACCGAGGGUCCGAUGCUAAUACGGAGGACGGUGACUCUGGUGGUGAUACCGGAGAAGAUGAUUCUGAUGAUGAAUUGGAAGAUGAGGAAUUAGAUGGUGAAGAAGAAGAAGAAAAUGAAGAUGGAGAAGACGUUGAAGAAGCUGAAGAUUUAACAGUUUCAAAUAGUAGUGCCCCCUCCGCUCCACCUCGAAAGCAAUCUUUAGCAAUACCAGCCCAUCCUCCUUCUGCAUCUGUAGUUGGAGAACUAAUGGACAAGUUUGGUUUGUCUAAUAUUGCUCAAUAUAGUGAGGCCUUUAAACAAGCUCUCCAAGAAUCGGGAAACUCGCUUAAAUGGCAAUUGGCAAAAGACCGGGACAAUAAUAAUGGACCCCCUCCUGAAAAGCCUAACGGUAUGCCGCCUACAGCUGCGUUACGAUUAAAGGAGGAAUUUGCUAAGAUGCCGCCUCAACCACAUCCCUUAUUCAAUCCUUUUGAAAAUCCAUUCGAAGCUUCCAAACGAAUGAAACUAGAUAUGGAAAGAAAUGAGGGAUGGUGGUUACCAACUUUGCAUGCACAGCGUCCCCCCGAUAACAUUUUCGACGGACUGAAGAAUAGUGGCAAUGGUUUGCUUCAAAAUCCUCUUUUAAAGUCAAAAGAAGGGCGUCGCAAUGACACGUGUGAGUAUUGUGGAAAAGUAUUCAAGAACUGCUCAAACCUCACAGUACAUCGGCGAUCUCAUACGGGCGAGAAACCAUACAAAUGUGAACUAUGUUCCUACGCAUGUGCUCAGAGCUCUAAACUGACAAGGCAUAUGAAGACACACGGUAGACUUGGCAAAGAUGUGUACCGGUGUAGGUUCUGUGAAAUGCCUUUCUCAGUACCAUCAACGCUCGAGAAACAUAUGCGUAAGUGUGUUGUGAAUCAAAGUAAUGGUGCUCCACUUGCUUUAUCCGAUGACUCUAACGCAUGUCGUGAUGAGGCUUCGUGACUCUACCCGUGGGGUGGUCUUCGCCUGCCACCACCCGCGCCACUCAGCCAGAUCUUCUAGAUCUAAACUUUUAAACGUGUUUCGUCGCUAGUACCUCUAAACACAUAUCGAUUGCGUCUAGAGAGAUAUUUGUUCAAUUUCUAGUCUUAAGGAAUAAAUUGUGGCGAAAUUACUAUUUAAUAUAUCCAUUGCAAUAUGAGCCCAAAAAUCCUAGAAUUGAAGGGCAUUAAUUUAAAUGAUAGAUUUACCUUUAGUAACAUAUCUUUCGUGUGCGCCAGUGUUGAGAGUACCCGUUGCAUUGUUGGUGUUAGUUCGUGAGAAUUUUUGGUUAUUUUCUUUGGAGGCUGUAUUAUGAUCUUUACGUUACUGUAUUAUCUAACUUGUUUUGUCAUGUUUUAUUGAUUGUAUAAAGGAAACCAAUGCCAAAGUUAGCUAUGUUGAUUUAUCCAGUAGAACAUUUAGAUGUUAAGCUGUAUAGUGUCAAUUAAACCAGUUUUUUCAGUAUUUCUAAGAUCUUAUGUAGCAUUAUGUGUAUUUUUGGUUGUAAGUUGUUUCGUAUUUCUAGGAUAUUAUGUACAAUAUAAAUGAAAUGUUUCCUAUUCUAGUUAAAACUUGUAAAUACGAUCGCUGUAAGUGUAUUAUGUAAAUCGAGUACCUACCUAUUGAUGUUCAUAUUUAUAGACAACAAUAAUUCGCAAAUUAUAAAUUACUUUUCGGCAAGAACGGUGAGUUUCCUGUAAUCGAUAAUUUAGCAUUGUAGAAAGCAAAAUUGGAAUCGUUUAUAAUGGUAGGUGUUAUUACCAGCAAGGUACUUUAUAUUUAACUAGUGAUUAAAUUUAUUAAAUUAAAAUAUCUUGUGAGGCAUUUGAUCUUCAUUUCCAAGCUUUUGUUUCUAGUGAGACGGGAGCAUGUUAUUUUAUUAAGACUGAAAAAUAUUCCAGUUUUGUUUUUAUUGAUGAAUGUUUUCUUGUGAUUCGUGGAAGACCUAUCACUCGUACCUUUAGUCCAAGUGUGAACUCUUUCAGUAUACGUACUUAAUGUAAAUUAUGAUAGAAUUUAUAUUAGAUAAUUGUAAGUAAAUUAUAAUA